UUUUUCUAUCUGUGCACACAGUUUGGUUGACAUGACAGUUUCUCUGUUUCUGUCUCUUUCGCUCCCGCUCAGUUCUCAAGAUGAGUACGAAAAUCAUCAAACCCAAUGCCGCGGAGGCUGACACCUUCGAGACAUCGAUCUCGCAGGCGUUAGUUGAGUUGGAAACAAACUCAGACCUCAAGGCGCAACUUCGGGAGUUAUACAUUACCAAGGCUAAGGAAAUUGAACUACAUAACAAAAAGUCAAUCAUCAUCUAUGUGCCGAUGCCCAAACUGAAGGCCUUCCAGAAGAUUCAGAUCCGUCUGGUCCGUGAGCUGGAGAAGAAGUUCAGUGGCAAGCAUGUUGUGUUCAUCGGAGACCGCAAGAUCUUACCCAAACCCAGCCACAAAACCCGUGUUGCUAACAAACAAAAGAGGCCGCGAUCAAGAACACUGACGUCGGUGUAUGACGCUAUCCUAGAGGACCUAGUGUUCCCCGCUGAGAUUGUUGGCAAGCGCAUCCGAGUCAAGCUGGACGGUUCACAGCUCAUCAAAGUGCACCUCGACAAGAACCAGCAGACUACUAUUGAACACAAGGUGGACACUUUCCAGUCAGUAUACAAGAAGUUGACGGGGCGCGAAGUCACCUUCGAGUUCCCCGAACCCUACUUGUAAACUUAAGGACUAAAUUUACAAUAAAACUAAAACCUUAA